UUACUAUAAACAGUAGGCCGCGCUGCUUACACAACAGCUCCUUGGCUACUCUGACAGCCCUCCGGCUUGUAUGUAUAUCCUAAAUUAUUUGUUUAAAAAUAUCUAAAUUCUUGUUCCGGAAAUGAACUGCUCCUGUUCUUCAAGCCCCUGUCCACACGUUCAGUACGUCCGCAAACUCCUGGAAACUACGGAUAAGGAGGACCAUGCAACCCCUCCCAGUUCAAUGCAGAAAACGUUUCCCCAGAUAAAGAAAGUAGCCGGAUAUAUUGCAGCAACCGUCAAAGAGAUCUUCUUGAUUUGGAUCGCCAUAACGAAGAUCUUGCUCAAACUGUGGCUGAACAUUCUCGACUCCAACAGUUAUCUUUGGUUGGCAUUUUUGGUAUUUGCCAUCGGACUCAUCUGCUCACUACCGGGUGUUCGUGGUGCUGCCAUUUCAAUGCCAUCAUCGUCGACGCCACCAGAAGACGUUCUAUUCACACCAGAUUCACAGAGAGAUGAUGCGAUAGCGCUUAAUACGUGCAGCACGGAGCUAAUUGCCAUCCGGUGAUGGGCAUGCAGGCUGGAUUCGGGGCACGAGUUAUUGUUCCUCUGAGCAGAGAACACUCUGCUAGAUGGGAGCUACUUCCUUAUGGUGCAAAUGAACUGGGUGGCGAAGGUUCCGAUAUGAAUAAACUUUAAUUUUAAAUGGUGAUAAAUGGGUCUUUGUUUAAUG